AUCAAUGGAAAACGAAAACAUUAUUCAAAAUAUCUCGAAUGCGAAGAAAUAUCCGAUCCACUUCAGACGCUUCCUUCCUCCUCCUGGACUGCCGACUUGCAGCAGAAACUUUGUCUUCCCAAAAACCUCCUAAAGAAUCUCCAGUUUCAUCAAUUCUUCCCCCAGAAACCUCCUAAAGAAUCUCCAGUUUCAUCAAUUCUUCCUCGCCAGUCAUGGCCAUCUCCACUGUUCCAUCUAUGCAACACUCAAUGGCAAUGGCUUCUCCAUCUAUCGCGCAUUCUAAUGAACAUAACCACAUCUUAAGGAGGCAGAGACGGACGGCGAUACGAUGCAGCGCUAGAGAAAGAUCGAACGAGAUGAACUAUUACGAGGUGCUUGGAGUUCCUGCAGAUUCAAAGACUCAAGAAAUCAAAGAAGCGUACAGAAAAUUGCAGAAGAAGUACCAUCCGGAUAUCGCAGGCCAAGAGGGCCACGAGCAUACGUUGAGGCUGAACGAGGCGUAUAGGGUUCUGAUGAGAGAGGAUCAAAGGAAGGAAUAUGAUUCUUCAAUGGGUGAGACGAGGGUGAGGUUUGGAAACUAUUCCCCCGGAUUAGGUUACAGCUCCUGGAAAGGACCUCUGAGACCUCAGGCUUUGUUCGUCGAUGGAAAUGCAUGCAUAGGGUGCAGGGAAUGCGUGCACCAUGCAAGUAAUACAUUCGCCAUGGAUGAGACUCUUGGCCGUGCAAGAGUUCAGGUUCAGUAUGGAGACAAUGACAAAAAAAUUCAGGUUUCAGUGGAGUCGUGUCCCGUGAAUUGCAUAUAUUGGGUAGACCGGGAGGAGCUGGCGGUGCUGGAGUAUCUGAUGCAGCCGCUGCCCAAGGAAGGGUAUGGCGUGUUCGGCGGCGGCUGGGAGAUUCCGGCCAAUGUCUUCGCGGCGGCAAAGGCCUUCACCAAGCGGCUGGAACGCCAGAAACAUGACACAAAAUAUGGAAGGGAAACGGUUGAAGAAAGAGAAACCCCAGCUCAAGCUCAGGCUCGAGCUAAUGCAAGCAUGGAAAUACAGAGGGAGAAGUUCUAUGGAGUUUGGAAUUGGGUAAAGCAAGUUUUUGGGAGAAUUGUGAUUGAACAAAUCUAAUAAGUUUGUUUGGGAAACUGUUCUCAAAACCAAUUGUGAGAAUUGUGAUUGAACAAGCUUGUGAAAAUUAGUAUUAUUGUGUACAGUAGUCAUUUGCUCUCAAAUACAAAUUAUACAAUAAAGAAAAACCACCAAGUUCCUACUC